CUCCAGCGCGUUCUCUUUCAGCGCGUGAGCCGUUUCUUUCCUCUAUUCACUUUAUUCCGAAUCCCGGGAAGCGGCCAGGACGCAUCGCUGUAAGGCUUGAAAAUCCUCCCCGAGCUCAGUCAUCCUUCACCUUCCUCACGGAGAGAGAGAUUGCAAUGCUUCAAACACGGGAUCUCAUCUGGACCGUGCUGCUGUUUGGACAUGCAGUCUCUUUGCAGGUGGAGAUCAUACCACCACACGGCGAAAUCAGCGUCGGAGAAUCCAAGUUCUUUUUAUGUGAAGUGGUUGGUGAUGUGAAGGACAUCGACUGGUUUGCUCCCAGUGGAGAGAAGCUGCUGCCAAAUAGACAGGACAUCAUUGUGAGCCGUAAUGAUGAGACCUCAUCCACGCUCACCAUCUACAGUGCUACUGUGGACAACGCCGGCAUAUACAAGUGUGUGGCCAAGGACGGGGACAACGAAGCCGAGGCCACGGUCAACGUUAAGAUCUACCAAAAACUCACUUUCCAGAGCGCUCCAUCUCCUCAGGAGUUUAACGAGGGGGAUGAUGCGGUCAUCAUGUGUGACGUCAUCAGCUCUCCGCCACCCACAAUUAUCUGGAGAUACCAGAGAACCAAGAUUCAGCUGGAAAAAGAUGUGCGCUUCAAGGUCCUUAGUAACAACCACCUCCAGAUCCGCGGCAUCAAAAAGUCAGAUGAGGGAAACUACACCUGCGAGGGGCGUAUCAUGGCUCGGGGAGAGAUCGACCUCAGGGUCAUUAAGGUCAUCGUCAAUGUCCUACCCAGUAUUAGGACCCGUUAUGCAGAGCUCAAUGCCACUGCGGACAUCGAGCAGGCUGUGACGCUGGCGUGUUAUGCGGAUGGCUACCCAGAGCCCACAGUCACGUGGGUGCGUAAUAAUGUAGUGCUGGUGGCCAAUGAGAAAUACAGCGUGAAUGAUGACGGCUCAGAGCUGACAAUCAAAGACGUGAAGAAGCUGGAUGAGGGAGAUUACACCUGCAUCGCCCGCAAUAAAGCAGGAGAGAAGCAGGAGGAGAUCAGCCUCAAGGUGUUUGUGCAACCGAAGAUCACGUACUUGAAGAACCAGACAGCAUCAGAGCUGGAGGAACAGGCCGUCCUGAUCUGUGAGGCCACAGGCGACCCCACUCCCAGCAUCGUGUGGAGCUUCGGCAGGCGCGUUUUCAGCGAGGGAGAGCAGAGUCUGGACAGUAAUGUGAUAGUGCGCAGCGAUGCCCGUGUGUCCUCUCUCACCCUGAAGUACGUCCAGUUCACAGACGCCGGCCAGUACCUCUGCACCGCCCGCAACUCCAUCGGCCAGGACAUCCAGAGCAUGUACCUGGAAGUGCGCUAUGCUCCAAAAAUCCAGGCCUCAGUGACAAAGUUUACAUGGGAAGGGAAUGCUGCUAACCUCACAUGUGAGGCUCUGGCUCAUCCAAGUGCUGCGGUGCAGUGGUUCCGAGAUGGACUGCAGCUGCCAGCAGUGAACACCACCAACAUCAAGAUCUACAGCACACCCACCAUCAGCUACCUGGAGGUCACCCCUGAAUCCCAGAAUGACUUUGGGAGCUACAACUGCACAGCCACCAAUGUAAUCGGCAGCGACUCUAAGGAGAUCCUAUUAAUCCCGGCAGAGGUGCCAUCUGCGCCGGUUAUCGAUCGUGUUGAGCCGUACCCCAGCACAGCCAUGGUGGAGUUCGAUGAACCUGAUUCAGAUGGAGGAGUACCUGUUCUCAAGUACAAGGCUACAUGGAGGACCAAGGGUCAAGACUGGGUUAGCAAAGUGUACAAUGUGGAAGAGGGCCUCAGCACCAUCACCAUUGUUGGACUCAGGCCAGAGACUGAAUAUGAGGUUAUGAUGUCAGCCAUCAAUGGCAAGGGUGAAGGAGAAAACUGUCCUCCAGAGAUUUUUAAAACACUGCCUGUCAUGUCUUCAGUGACUCCAACCACAAAUCCUCCAACCACUGCAGCUCUUAAAGGGGAACCAAAUCCUCCAAAACUGGUGGCCAAGCUGCUGUCCCCAGGCAAUGAGCUGAAGGUCAACUGGAUCAAGCAGGACGAUGGGGGCUCACCCAUCAGACAGUACCUAGUGAGAUUUAGACCUAAACACCACAACAUUUGGAAGCCUGUGGUCCGUGUCCCUAAUGGCAGUGAGUUUUUGGUGCUAAGAGGUUUGGAUUGGAACACCGAGUAUGAGGUUUCUGUGGAAGCAGAGAACCAGCACGGCCGCUCCCAGCCUGGCGUCCUCUUCUUCAGGACCUCCGUAGAACCCACUGCCAUCCCAGACCCAGUAGCCAGUGGUUCAAGCCUUGGGACAGGGGCCAUCGUGGGCAUUCUCCUCGUGGUUUUCAUCCUGCUGCUUGUCGGCGUGGACGUCACCUGCUACUUCCUCAACAAAUGUGGCCUGCUCAUGUGCAUCGCCGUCAAAUUCUGUGGCAAGCCCGACCCCUCCACCAAGGGCAAGGACAUUGAAGAGGGCAAGGCAGCUUUCACGAAAGAUGAGUCUAAAGAGCCCAUAGUGGAAGUGAGGACUGAGGAAGAGCGCACCCCCAACCAUGAGGGAGGAAUCCCCACUGAACCCAAUGAGACCACCCCACUUACCGACCCUGACGGUAAGAUUGUCGAAGAUGGGAAGAGUAAAGCACCCGAGGCAGAGGUGAACAAACCCUCAGCUGAGGUGAAGAUGGUUCCCAAUGAAGCCCUGCAGACAAAUGGCAAUGAGAGCAAAGCGUGAUCCAGCGAUCCGAACGCCUCCGAGUGUCACCACCACAUCGAAACAAAUGGUCUAAUUAAAAAAAAAGGGUUCCUUUCUUCAGUCAGUGUCUUCUGUGAGUUUGCAGAACAAGAGUUUGUAGAUGUAUAGAGCACCUAAAGAACUCGUGCACAUGCCUUUUGUUGUUGGGUUUUUUUUUUUUUUUUCUUCUUGAAUGUUAUUUCUCAUUCUAUUUUUCUGUAUUCAGAUACAGCAGGAAGUUUUUUUGUUUUUUAUCUUUAGCGCACUCUACUUCACCUCCUCAGCACAAUCUCGGCUGUCUUAUACUCGGAAGAGAAGCGUAAUUUCAGUGUGAAUAGUUAAUAACGGGAAUGUUAGCUUUACUCCUGAAGAAUGCCUUUUACAUUGUGCACACGUGUAGUCGAUACUUUUACCAUUUUUGAGUUAUGUACUGUUUUAUUACAUGCAGUAUUGCCCUAUUUUAUUCUUUUACACACAGAUUUUGGGGAAUUUUUUUAACCGUUUUGUUGUGUUUAAAUAAUGUAUGAAAGUAACUGGCUUUUAUUUUAUUUUUUCACUGUUUAUUUUUGAGAAUUAGAACUAGAUUGCUCGCGUGCUUGCUUUGCAGAUUUGUCCCAUAAUGCCCCUUCGGUUGUUGUUUUCAUUAUGACCCUGAGUUUAUAUUUUUUUAUGUUGAGGAACACAAAGCAAAAAGCUUUCCCAUUAAAACACAAUGAAAGAAACGAAGGCACAGUUGAAUAACUGAGAGGCGUCGUCAGGUCAGAUUCAGAUAUUGUGAUCAUUCUAUAGCAACACGUAGUGAUCACAUCCAGCUUUUCUUUCUUUUAUGUCUUUUCUGAAUAUUUUUUGUGUGUGUGAACAUCAACAGAAAGGGAGCUUGUUGUUGUUCUCCAGAUUUCAAUUUUUGAUAGGACCAAAAUGGAGUGUUUUGGACAUUAUGAUCAAACAGCUGUUAAAGGGUACAAGGCCACUGCUACAAUGGUCACAGCUUGGAUAAUUGAUAAACAGUACGUACUUCCAAUGAUCAAGUCCCAUUUAAACACUAAGAAAGAAAAAUGAAUACAGAAUUUUAGUUUAUAAAAGCCUUUUUUCGUAUACAUAAUAACAAAUGGCCAUAUCAUUUUCUUUAUUUAAACCAUAGUACUCCAGUUAAAAUAUUGAACAGUCAAAAAUUUUAAAAAAGGGGUUUUUUUUGUUUGUUUGAUUUUUCCAGUUCCUUUAGUCUGCAAGUUUGUGCACUGUGAAUGCGUGAUAUAUCCUAGUGUGAAUACAGUGUGUUCUUUGUCAUAGACUUGAAAUAUCCAUAGGUUGUGAAAGAUGUAGCUAUUAGUACAGAUAAUGUUCCAUCUCCGUAAAAUUACAUUUCAAAAAAUACAACGAUACAAACCAAUAUACAUGAAAACUCAUCAAGAUUCAAAGGAGAAGGUGCCUUUAAUGUUAAAAUGUGUGUAGUCUGAGUGGUUCGGUCAGUCCGUACCACUGGGGGAGUAGCAGAGGUAGUGUGGGACCAGGUCACAUUCUUGUCUUGGGAAAUGGUUUUGCUCUGUAAACUGUGAAUAUAAUCGUUUCUUUUUGUUUGUGUUGCGUACUUUCAGAGGUCUGAGAGUGUACAUGAGUGUGAUCGAUUAGUAGCAAGCUCAAGACCUUCACGACUUGCCUCUCUUUACCUGAUGCAAAACAAGAUCAUACAUUCACGAUCAGAAAUGUUAUAUAACGCCUUGUCGUCUAGUGCCCCAGGAACAGAAAAGCUCGCCAUUAAUGUAGUCAUCAAUUCACAUCAGUUGGUCGAGCUGCCUGAGUCCCUUUCCCAUGAUCAGCAUUACUGUGGUCCAGUCAAAAGUGUAACCAUGUCCAUAACGACUAUUUUUUAAACGCUGAAACAAGCAUGCAGUGUAUUCUAAACUAGAUGUCAUUGGUGUCAAGGUUUGCUCGUAAAUUGUUAAAUGAAGAACCGUGACAAAACACUUUCAUUGUUGUUUAUGGGUCUAAUUGAGUGCUCUGUCCAAAUGUGGUCUGUUAGUUCUUUUGGCAUUGCCUUACUUUAAAAUAUGGUGUCCCAUAAGUUUAAAACACAUUGACAAAUCAAAAACGCAACACCAAUAUCAAAAACACACCAGCAAAUUCAGAAACACAUCAGCAUUUUCUUGGUUCAAAAUGGAAACAGUAGGUCCUCAUUGAAAAUCAGUAACUAUAAGUAACAAGAACAAUUUAAUGCAAUGUUAUAGUGAGGAGUAAUUCUUUCAUCUGAAUAAUCCAUCCAUCCAUUAUCUGUAGCCGCUUAUCCUGUACAGGGUCGCAGGCGAGCUGGAGCCUAUCCCAGCUGACUAUGGGUGAGAGGCGGGGUACACCCUGGACAAGUUGCCAGGUCAUCACAGGGCUACAUCUGAAUAAUCCUUUUCCUUUAUUCACAUAUUCAUAUUAAUGCUAUGCAAAAUUGACAGGUCUAAAAUAACAAGGAAAUUAUCUUAACAAAAAUAAACAUGGCUCAUAUUGCCUCUUACUCUAAACUUCAUGUUCAGUAAGGACCUACACUUUCCAUUUUUGAGUUGACGUUCAUGUUUUUCUGAAAUUGCUGUUGCAGUUUUGGUUUGUUCAUGUUUUGCACUUACAGGACAAAGUAAUAGUUUGGCAAAAUAUCUAAAAUGUACACCCAUUUUACCACAAAUGCCUCAACCAGCCAAGAAUUUGUCUGUAAUUUCCCUGUUUGGGCGUACCAGAGCCAAAAAGCUAAUGUAGCUAACAAGUAAGCAACGUUUACAGCUACUAAUUUCUGUCUAAAUCAUUAUACACUCGCGUCCAAACUAUACUGAAUUGUUCAGUGUUUCAAACAGAUUUAUUUAUGUGGUUUCUGACGUGUUAAAAAAACAGACAAAAGGAGCUUACAAAGCUAAAGAGUCAUAGCAGCGAUCUUAAUGAUCCCUCAGGACAUAAAUGUAGAAUUUUACAUUCGAAGUGAUUCAGAUGCUAAUACAGCUCUAUUAUAAUGCUGUACUUUUUAUGCAGAUGUAUUUUUGUGAAACUGUUUCAGUACAGAUGGUAUUACUGAUCCAACUGUAUAUGUUUUGAGGUAAAUGCUGAAUAAGCAUAGCUUCCAUGUUAGCUACAUUAGCCUUUCGUGCCAAUGCAAAACUAAAGAAGCAACUUCAGGCACUAAACAUUUCUCAGCUGAUUCAUUUCAUUUUGGGCGAGUGGAAAAUUGUGUACAUUUUUGUCCAAACUAUUCCUUUAAGUCUUUUUCAUUGGUAGAAUUCUGGUACAUGAUGAAGCCAGAAACUGCACCUCAUGAUGUCAUUACAUGUUUCGACGUGCUGGAGAUUGAAAUGGCUUUCGACACCAUUCAAUGUGGGACCAAUUUCUAUGUGAGUUUACAUGCUAGCAGUUUACCACCAUACUCAUGUCAUUCCAACAUUAUAAACAAUCAAAAAAUGCAGAAAAGUUUAUUUCUAACAGUUAAGCAAACAAGUCCAUAACUGAAGCUGCCUUUUGGCUGAGGGCUGACUUACACGCUCUCUUGCUUCAUCAAUCACAGCUCUCCUCCCAAAACCCUCUUCACAUACUCAUCCACCCAUCCAUUCUCAGCUGCAGGGGCCUUUUCACUCUUGUAUACAGAUUUUUACCAUAUCAUGCACCGGUGCCACCUUCUUCCUCCACACUCUCUUUCACUGGUGUAAAUACUGAGUACUAACGCAAACCAUUUUGAUUUUCAUUCCGUCUGAAAUUCUUGUGUUCAA